CGGGCGGCGGCCGGAGGCGCCGGAGCCCGAGCGAGGAGGAUGAGGGCUGCAGCCCGCUCCAGGGCAUCGAGGCCAGUCUGGUCAACAACACGCACCAGCAUGUAUUUGAUGAUCUCAGUGGCUCAGUAUCUCUGUCAUGGGUUGGAGAUAGCACUGGGGUCAUUCUAGUCUUGACCACAUUUCACGUCCCAUUGGUAAUCAUGACUUUUGGACAGUCUAAGCUUUAUCGAAGUGAGGACUAUGGAAAGAACUUUAAGGAUAUCACAAAUCUCAUCAAUAACACAUUCAUUCGGACUGAAUUCGGAAUGGCUAUUGGACCUGAAAACUCUGGGAAGGUGAUUUUGACAGGGGACGUAUCUGGAGGAAGUCAUGGAGGAAGAAUCUUUAGAUCAUCUGACUUUGCAAAGAAUUUUGUUCAGACAGAUCUACCUUUUCAUCCUCUGACUCAGAUGACCUAUAACCCGCAGAAUUCUGAUUACCUUUUGGUUGUCAGCUCUGAAAAUGGCCUGUGGGUAUCGAGGAACUUUGGGGGGAAAUGGGAAGAAAUCCACAAAGCAGUAUGUUUGGCCAAGUGGGGAUCACAGAACACCAUCUUCUUCACUACCUAUGUGAAUGGCUCUUGCAAAGCUGAUCUUGGAGUAUUGGAAUUAAGAAGAACCUCUGAUUUUGGCAAAAGCAUCAAGACCAUUGGAGUAAAAAUCUAUUCUUUUGGCUUGGGGGGACGAUUCCUCUUUGCUUCAGUAAUGGCUGAUAAGGGUGCAACAAGAAGGAUUCAUGUGUCCACAGAUGAAGGAGAGACAUGGAGUAUGGCCCAGCUACCUUCUGUGGGACAGGAACAGUUCUACUCUAUUUUAGCAGCUAAUGAUGAUAUGGUGUUCAUGCAUGUUGAUGAACCUGGAGAUACUGGAUUUGGCACAAUCUAUAUCUCAGAUGAUCGAGGCAUUGUUUAUUCCAAAUCUCUGGAGCGGCAUCUUUAUACUACAACAGGAGGGGACACAGACUUCACCAAUGUGACGUCCCUUCGAGGGGUUUACAUGACCAGCGUCCUCUCUGAAGAUAAUUCUAUCCAGUCCAUGAUAACUUUUGACCAAGGCGGAAGGUGGAAACUCCUGAGGAAGCCUGAAAACAGCAAGUGUGACUCGACUGCUAAAAAUAAAGAGGAGUGCAGUCUUCACAUCCAUGCCUCCUACAGUAUUUCCCAGAAGCUGAAUGUUCCAAUGGCACCUCUAUCUGAGCCCAAUGCUGUGGGUAUAGUCAUCGCUCAUGGUAGUGUGGGAGAUGCCAUCUCAGUGAUGAUCCCAGACGUUUACAUUACCGAUGAUGGGGGCUACUCCUGGACAAAGAUGCUAGAAGGACCUCACUAUUAUACCAUCCUGGAUUCGGGGGGCCUUAUCGUGGCCAUUGAGCACAGCGGCCAACCUAUCAAUGUGAUUAAGUUCUCCACGGAUGAAGGACAGUGCUGGAACACAUACACUUUUUCCAAGGAACCCAUUUAUUUCACUGGCCUAGCAUCAGAGCCAGGAGCUAAGUCCAUGAAUAUCAGUAUCUGGGGUUUCACGGAAUAUUUCUUGUCCCGGAAAUGGGUCUCCUACACCAUCGAUUUUAAAGACAUCCUUGUCAGGAACUGUGAAGAGAAGGAUUAUACCAUAUGGCUGGCUCACUCCACAGACCCUGGAGACCAUGAUGAUGGGUGUAUACUGGGCUACAAAGAAGAGUACCUGCGACUACGAAAGUCUUCAGUCUGUCAUAAUGGUCGAGACUACAUGGUGACCAAACAGCCAUCCGUCUGCACCUGCACCCUUGAGGACUUUCUCUGUGAUUUUGGCUACUUCCGUCCAGAAAAUGAUUCCAAGUGUGUAGAACAACCAGAGCUGAAGGGCCAUGACCUCGAGUUCUGUCUGUUUGGGAGAGAAGAGCAUUUGACAACCAAAGGGUACCGAAAAAUUCCUGGAGACAGAUGUCAAGGGGGUAUGAGUCCAGACCGACAGGAAAAAGACUUGAAAAAGAAAUGUACAAGCAGUUACUUGAAUCCGGACAAGCAGAAGUCUUCAUCAAAUUCUACUCCAAUUAUCCUGGCCAUUGUGGGACUGAUGUUGAUCACAAUCAUAGCUGGAGUUCUUAUUGUAAAGAAAUACGUCUGUGGGGGCAGGUUUUUGGUGCAUAGAUAUUCCAUUCUACAGCAGCAUGCAGAAGCAAAUGGUAUUGAUGGAGUAGAUGCUUUAGACACAGUCUCCCCUAACAAUAAAAGUGGCUACCAUGAUGACUCGGAUGAGGACCUCCUUGAAUAGUCAUUUGAAGGAGUUGGGACAGACAGGCUCAAGUGCUGGUGAUGAAUCUGCAUUGCUUCUCAUGACGCCUGUUUCUCUGAUCUGGGGAACGUCUUUCCCAAUAUGAGGAGCCCAGCUCCAAUUUUUGCUGCUUCCAUCCAGACCCAAAGGAUCCUCACAACAGAAAUGCAAGAUGGGGAUGGGAAGCCCCUAAAACUCUUCAGGAUUCAAUGCCUCUGAGAAGAGAAGAAGCUCUUAAAUGAUUUCUCUUUAUUUUAAUUUGUCCUUCUGCUAAGUGUGGUAGGGAUUUAAAAAAAAAAGGGAAAUGAAAUGGAAUUUGAAGGGAACGUUUCACUAAUGCUAUUAUUGCUGUAUUUUUACAUGGCGCCUACCUCAGGGUGGCUGCCAGCUCUAGCAUAAACUCUCACAUUGUGCUCCCUGCCGUCACUGAGCUUUUACAUGAAGCAGCUGCAAGAAUGAGGAUGGAGGCGGCAAAGACUGACGUAGGCCUGAUGGGUUUUCUCCAUCUGGGGACAAUGCUGAUCCAGGAACAUCAGGGACUAGCCCAGCACACAACUUCCCCCGGUAUUUUACAGGGGCCAUAGACCACAGUGGUUUUUGUUUCCCCCAUUUUCAUCAGGCAAUACCCUUAUUUGUUGCCCUCUGAGUUUAAACUGAGCCAUGAGCUUCUGAAGUACUAAAUCAGGAAAACUUAAAGGGGGAUAUUCUUAACUGGUGGGGAGGGCAGGGAGGGGGGAGAAUAGAGGGGAAUUUAUUAGAUUUAGAAUCAAGUACAGAAGAAAUGAUUGCCCCUUUUGAGGCAUUUGUCAGACAUGCUUUGUGUAUAUGUGUGCUGAUGGACUUGCUGCAAAGUAUGUACUUGAUAUGGAUGCUUGACUAGGUUAAAUGAUUUCUUCAAGAGCUAAUGUUUUGAGUGAGCCGUGCAGCCUCUAUAGGGCUAGGCAUUGCUGUAUUCCAUUUCUUUCAUUUUUUGGCCCUUUGGUACCUCACUGAACCAUUCAGUUGAAUUAUAAAAACAGACGCCUAUUUUUGCUUCUUUCAAGUUGCUGUUCUCUAUCCAUCAAGUUAGGACCACGAUUUUCAAACUUACAGGCUAUUUUUUUAAAAUGAAUUUUAUUCCUGGAUUGCCUUCGUCAUCUCUGCUCCCUGUUCUGCCAAGCAGUUUGUUAGCUCAAAGGUUUGGCUUUAACCUUGCCCAUCUGGAGCCAUGCUGCUUGGAAAACAUCUUCCACCCUAGAUGACAGAAGCUUUAUGUUACAUUUAAAAAUUGGGAGAGCAGGGGUACCCUUCAUUUGACAUUUUUUCCAUACUAAAUGAAUUAUGGAAUUAGGGAUGGAUUUUUUUUCUCAUGUAGUAAAGUUGCAAUCAUUAGUUAUGCUAUAGCUUAAAUAUUUGCUGCACAUGAUACAGUAUAAUAAGUUCAGUUUAUGUAUACUGUGCCGGUCACAGUUUCUCAGUUUCCUCAUUUUCCCCAGUAACCAUGAUUUGGGACUUUUCUGUCCUUAGGAGCUGCUGUUUCACUGCUAGGUCAGAUUGUGGUUAGGAAGUCAGUAAAGAUUAAAUGUGCCAAAUUAACUAUUGUUGACAUGCAUGAACAGAUGGCUAAGUUUCUCAUCACCGGCAUGCAUUAACAACAGCAGGGAAAGUAGGGAAGAAAAAAUCUAGAGACUUUGCAACUGCAGUAAAUUAAAUGAGUCAGGAUUGCUUAGGGAAAAGAUGAGACAAAAAGUUACCAGCUUUUAUAAAGGGAGCUAGCAUAUGUUAAGGCUAGAGAGCACCAGGCUUUUAGAAUGAAAAGGGUUUUUAAAUAAUUUUAACUCUUAAAUCAUUCCAAAAAUAUACCAGAUCCCAGUUUACAAUAUUUUCAGCAGUUCAUCUCCUUCCUUCCUUCUGCUCAAAACUGAUGCUCAGAAAAGACUUAUUUAUAUCACAUCCCCCCAUCUCCUUAUUAUAUAUUAAGUUAGGAACUGGCACUGUCUUCCCUUUAGUGGAAAUGUUAGAAAAUAAUGCACAGAAUAAUUAGAACAAAUACAUGUGAUAGAAAAGUUAAUAUUUUUACUAGACUACUGCCCAAAUGUAAGCAUUUUCAUAUGCAAAGCACUUCUGAGUAUAUUCACAUUUCAGACUCCGUACUCCCAGAAUAUGUAGGCCUGGGAUUAUCCCCAUUUUGCAGGUGGUAAAAUUGAGACACAGAGGAGUGACCUGCCCAAGGUUACACAGCUGUUUGGGGCAGAACUUGUUGCAGCCAUCUUAAGACAACCUUGGUCAUUUUACUUCAUAUAGUCCUAUCCUGAAACCUUGUUUUAUCUUUAGCUUUAGAUGACAAACGCCAGGUCUCCAGAAAAGGGCUUGAUCGUAUUUCUUUUUAUGCCUGUGGGUAGAGGAUAACCCAGUGAUCCAUCCCUCAAUUUCCUUCUCCCAUUCUGUUUCUCUUAACUGUUUAGCCCAGUUGGUCAGAGAACAAUAUUAGUGAAACCUAGCUCAUGGGUGUAUUUCCUGUAUGGACUGUUUCACUGCUGUUCUGUAGUUCCAAACUUCCAGCCCCUUUCAGUGCUCUUCGAUAGAUGUAGAUCCUUUACGUUAGCAGAAUUCUAUUACGGCUUCUAGAACAAAAAGGAACUUAAAACUUAUAACCUCCUGAUGCUGGAUCAGUAGCAUUAUUUUCCCUCCUGGACAUUGUGGUAGCAGGAGUUGUGGUUUCUGGAACUUUCAUUAGUAGCGUUUAUUGAAGUAAAGAUAUGCUGGAAGUACGUAGGACCCAACCCCAAGAUAAACUGAGCCCUUUGGUCUUGGUGGAAAAGUUGCCCUCCCCCAAGAACUGAAAGCAUCGUACACUUUAAGGAGGCAUGUGAGGCCAAGUGCUUUGGUUCCCAUAUCCUGGGGCCAGUACGUGGAUACAUGGGAGAUGGGUUGAGGUUCAACUAUGUUAGUAAAGAUUUUGGUAGAAUGAAGCACCUUGAAAAGAGUUCUGGCAGCCUUAUUGUCUUCCAUGAGCCCUCCUCGUCUCCUAGGUGGCCCCAAAAAAUGUUUUUGGUCAGCUGGAGCUUUUAUAACUAUUCCAUGUAACUUUGAUUUACCUCCAGAUUCCCUAAUCUUCCUAAGUUGGUCUCUCCAUCCAGUGACGGGGGUGAACUAGAGACUUUGUGUAGGUAAGAAAGUGCUGCCCCAUCCUGCUGUAGAUGCUAGUCUAUAAACUGUGAUUUGUUCUCCAGUAACUUUGAAAGAGUGCAGGAAGCCUCACUGCUUCCCACUCAACCUACUGACAGGCUGGACUAGCCUGGGCCCAGACAGGGGGAGAGAGCAGCUGUCUCCUGUCAUGAGAACCUGACAAAGCAAUAAAGCAGGUUGCUUGAGCAAAUCUGUGAAACACCAGCACCUCCCUUCUUCAGUCAAGCAAGUGAACACAUGCUUUAGCAUCUUUCGAACAGAACCAAAGUUAAGAUUUGCUGUGUCUGUCAGCACUUCCGUGGCUCACAGUCCCAUCCUGCCACUGUCUCACCCACAUCCAGCCAGCUUGACAAGGAGUGCUGCCCUGUCAUAGUCAAUUGAUAGCCAUACCUACCAGUGCUCCAGGGCUUUCUUCCCCAUGGAGGAUGACUGUCAUAACAGGAUCUUGAUUUCUCUUAAGUUACAAUGAAACCAUCAGAAUUGAAAUACUAACUUGGAAUUAUCCACAACAGCCUUCUAUGUGCGUUUUUUCAAACUGGUACAUUCUUAAUGGUCCUUGUUUAUACAUAGGUCAUAAAGCUAAUCUGUACCUUUUAUAUAUAUGUAUAUAUACACAUAAAUGUGUGUGUGUAUAUAUAUGUGUGUGUAUAUAUAUACACAUAUAAAAAACUGUAUAUUCUACAUAAUGAUUUAUUGAUAUGCCCCAGAAUUUUAAUGAAACUUCUAUCCUCAGUUUUCUGUCUGACAACAUGAACAAACUCCCUGGAAAUUCAGUUCACUUACCUUCUUUGGAAAGUCUAGGAGGACGACUGUUUAGUUAGACUCCUCUUUUGUUCUAGUGGACAGAAAUGAUGAGAGUCUCCCUGUGUCUGAUGCCUGUACCUGUUCCUUGUCCCUUCCUAAGCAAAUGGUCCUAGUGCUUCCCCAGCUGAGAAGCAGCUGCUUUCCCCCUAAGGCAGAAGGCAGAAGAUAUUGUCACUGCAUGUACUCCAGUACUCAUUUUCUCUUCUCUUGAUGGAGCCAAUUGCAUGUAGGGCAGGAAAAUUAUGUUCCAGUAACCCAUGUCAGUUAUGCAAUAAAGCCAUUAUACACACACACACACCCCCCCAACUCUCUUCCAUAUUUAGUAUCUCCCAAGAAAGGGUCAAAAAGAUUGAAAUGAGACUCAAAUUCCUUUAGCAUUAUGUAAAUAAAUCUGGAUGUGUUUAACUUUGUACUGGUAUUUUUCUGUAUAUUUGCAAUAUUUGGCUUAGAAAUAAAACAGAAUGGACUUUGUGUUACCCAA